AUGGCUUCAUCUGCCGACCCCAGUAACACAAAGCUUCCGGAUGGAACUUCCAGCUCGGCACCUCCAGGUACCGGUUAUCCCGAUUCCGAGUAUGAGUCUGACUCUGUUUCGGAAGACUCUUCAUUUGGACAAAAAGACAAAGACAAGCUGAGAAAACCCGGUGAUAACGCAUUCAGACAGCAGAGACUUAAAGCUUACAACCCCGUGCUUACAGCCAAAACGGUUAUUCCGUUGUUAAUAGCCAUAGCCAUCGUGUUUGUGCCUUUGGGCGCAGCCAUGUGGUAUGGCUCCAGUAGAGUUCAAGACAUGGCUAUUGAUUACUCCCAGUGUGAGCUUUUAGCCUCGUCUGACCAUUUUUCAGAGAUACCUGAUAGAUUCACUGACUUCAACUUCAGAACGAAAGAUGCUGAUAUCGCACAUAGGCCACAAUGGCGUUUGGAUACCGAUGAAUCACAACCAUUUGACGACGAAAGAAAAGUUUGCACCAUUCAGUUUGAGAUUCCCAACCGAAUGACGGCUCCAAUUUAUCUUUUCUACCGUCUCCACAAUUUCUACGCCAACCAUCGUCGUUUUGUAAAGUCAUUCAGCGAGGACCAACUCGAAGGAAAACCAGCUUCGUUGAACACUAUAAAGAACGCGGUAGGCGAAAACUGUCUGCCUUUAUCCAACAUUAAUGGCACAAGGAUCUAUCCUUGUGGUUUGAUCGCUAACAGUUUGUUUAACGAUACAUUUUCGACGACUUUGAGUGCUGUCAACGGCUCUUCAGGCGAUUUUGAAAUGACUGAGAAAGGCAUAGCUUGGGCUACAGACAAAAACAGAUUCAAAAAGACAAGAUACAACCAUACUGAGAUCGUACCCCCUCCAAACUGGUACAAGAUGUUCCCCAACGGCUACAAUGAAACCAAUGUACCUGACAUCUCAACAUGGUACCAGUUCCAAAACUGGAUGCACACGUCAGCUUUGCCCACUUUCAACAAGUUGGCCCUUCGUAACGACGACGAUGCCUUGGAACAGGGAAUAUACGAGAUCUCUGUAGGGUUGCACUUCCCGGUGUUGCCAUAUAACGGUAAAAAGUAUAUCUAUCUUUCGCAAAGAUCGGUAAUCGGAGGCAAGAAUGACUUCUUGGGCAUCAGUUGGAUGGUUGGCGGUGGUGUAUGCUUCAUCCUUGGCUUGUCUCUUUUGAUAAUCAACUUCAUCCAUCCCAGAAGAACAGGGGAUGUCAACUUGUUGAGUUGGAACAAGGAGAAGGCUGCUGCUGACGAAAAGGCUGCUGCUGCCGCCGAAGCAGCCACUACUGGCUUUGAGAAGCCCAAUGAAUAA